AUGUUAUCAGAUCUCAAUCUUGAACAACAAAAUAAUACAAAUAUACAAAUACAUUUAUUACAAAUCAAACAUGAAUUUGAAGAGAAAUUACGUAAUGUUGAAAAUCGUUAUAAAAAUGAAAUUGAAGAUUUAACACGACGUUAUGAACAAAUUAAAGUUGAAAAAGAUAAAUUAGAAAAAUGUUUAAAAGAGGUACUUU